AUUUCCAUGGAUACUCGUGGACGCAAAGAAGAGGCUUACUGAACAUUUAGGCGCUUUCAUGCUGGUGCCGACGUUUUAUAAAAGCAAUAAGGCGCUUGACACCUGCGCCUCUCAGCUCCUCCAAUUAAAAAUCACUGAAAUUCAAGGCAAGAGAGGCUCGUUGGAGUAUCUGAAGAGCCAUUAGAUUUAACCCGAUUUUAACCAAACAAACAGGAAACGUGUUAUUUCCUCAAAAUUACGGCGCUGUGUAGAGGCUGAUUACCUUCACCUGUGUGUGUGUGUGUGUGUGUGUGUGUGUGUGUUUAUCUCAAGCUGUGGCAAGAGCGAACACUUUUUUUUUUUUUUCCCAUUAGCAGUGGUUAAUUUCCAAGUCGUGGUUAGACCAUUGUCGUUAUUUCAGUAAGAUAUCUUCAGUAAUGCUGUCCGAUAAAGGCCCAGUGGCUAAACUCUACCUGUCCAUAAUAGAUGAUGUGAUUGACAGUAUGCGGGAGCUUUUCUUAGAUGAAGGGCUUGAGGACCGCGUCCUUGACGAUUUAAAACAGCUAUGGGAGGCAAAAAUGAUGCAGUCAAAAGAAAUGGAAGACUUCAGGAGGAACAACAUCAACCCGUGCAACUUUGUGCUGCAGCUUCCAGUGAACUACAGCCAGACUGAUGAAGAACUCACUGCCUCAGUCAUGAUCCCCACAGGUCAAAAUGUCCACAGCUUUCCAGCCAAGAAUAACCCAGAGACUCUUGCUACUUUCUCACUCCCUGCUGGGUUGGCUUACCCUGUGCAAAUACCAGCUGGAGUCACUCUACAAACAGCCUCUGGUCAGCUUUACAAGGUCAAUGUUCCAGUGGUGGUCACCCAGGCCCCAGCAGGUCACCAGCCCCUCACCCAACCCACCCAGCAAGUCACUGAAUGGAGAGAAGCUCCAGCUCCUCCGUUGGCUGUAGUCCCACCAAGCAUGAUUCCUUCUCAGGAGAUGGAGCCACGCUCUGUUGCCUCUGUCACCGCAACCCAUUUGCCCCCGAGUCAGCAGGGUGCACCUCUCCAGCAGACACCAGCUCUUGUUUCUGAGGGCUCACAGCCUCAACAGUCCCAACCUGGGGAUCCAGAGGUCACUGUGGAGAACAGUGAGCCCAGUUCACAGCCUGCAAAUCCCAGCAUGGCCUCCUGUUCUUCAAGUCAGUUGUUAGACUUCCACAUCGAUACUGAGGAGGCUUUGACACAGGCGCAAACACUGCAGGCCACUGAGAUGGAAGAGAUCUUGAAGGAAGUGAUUAAAGAGGAGAGUGAUGAUGUUGUAAUUGCAAGCGAUAUAACCCCUCCGCAGACUGACAACCAGUCUGAAGCUGUUGUCAAGCUGGACUUGGACUACAACUACAGUGAACUGUCAGAAAUUGUUCAGCUGGAUGGUCCUGCAGACAACUCCGACAUCGAGAAGGAGGAGGAAGUUCCCCUGGAAGAGAAUGACUUUCUGGGUAUAAUCAAUGCAGAAGCCAUAAAGGCCCUGCAGGAAGUUGAUGAAAGCAGUGAUGGCAACAGCAUUUCCUCCAGCAGUGACAGUGACGGCGCUGAUGAGCUUGCUAAUGUAGUGGAAGAGGAUCCUUUGAAUUCAGGAGACGACGUGAUCGAGCAGGACAUCCCUGAUCUCUUCGACACAGAUAAUGUGAUUGUUUGCCAGUAUGACAAAAUUCACCGAAGUAAGAACCGCUGGAAGUUCCAUCUGAAGGACGGGGUGAUGUGCUACGGAGGCAGGGACUAUGUCUUUUCUAAAGCUAUUGGAGAGGCAGAGUGGUAAUGAGCUUAGUCUUUAAAUCUACUGAGGAGAUCACAAUGUUGAAAGAGGAGAAACACAUGAUGUAUUUAAAUUGAGUAAAUAUAGAACUCUUGGUUGUAUAAGAGAGCUAAAAAGGCAGGCAGUUUAGACACUGCUGUGCUAAAUUAUGGAGAUACUUGUUUUAUAUUUAUCAUCAGUAGUUAUUGAAGCAUACUGUAAGUCUGCUGCAAGUCAUUUAGGAUGUUGCCACCAAUGAGCUGCAUGAAUUUAUGUUCUGUAUUUUUAUUUAUUUAUUUUGUGUGUGUGUGUGUGUGUGUGUGUGUGUGUGUAGGUAGCUCUCUGUAUUCUAGGGGCAAAAUAUUAUUUGACCUGAAUUGUGUUUCCUCGGUCAUGGUUGUGCUGCUUUGAUGGUAACUAAUGUGCUGCUUGAUUUCCAACUAUCAUGAAGUUUUCUCUCCUUUUUUUUUUCUCUUUUCAUCACACAUCAAAUAUAACAUAAGCACUCAAGCAACCAUUUCUCUUUCUGUGCAAACCAUGCAAAGCCUGUGUCGCUCGUUUUUGGUACUGUGUAGACAUUUGGGUCCCUGCAUGGAUGACUGUCACUCAGUUUUAUACUGAAUAUAAAUAAGGCUACCAAAAAAGACAUA